AUGGAUGGAGAUUUUGAGGUUAAAAUCAACAACAAAAUUGACAUCGCGUCGCCGCUUUUUUAUUAUGCAAUUUUUCUGCUAAUUUAUGUUUCCCUCACACGCAAUGGAGAAUUUUGGGAAUCGUUUUAUGGAAAUUCUCGCGCUCCCAUUGAGGGACCGAUGUCAGGAGCUGACCUUUCUUAUAGAUCGCUGCAGCCUCAAGGAACUCCAGGAGAUUUUCCCAAUAUUGGUGCAUUCGAUCUUUCUAUCCAACAAUGGCAUUGGAUGGGGGUUGCGGUCGGUUGUUGCAAAUAUGAGCUCAUAUGAAUUUAAUAUUCUCUAUGAGUUCUUCCUGCCACUGGGCCCCAUGUUCCGGUUGUGCUACAAACUCCUCAAUGAUACGUUGAAAUUCGAUGUGCCCAUCUCUUCGUUGCCCAUUAAAAUGAGACAAAUGCUCGAGAGUGGACGCUACCCCUUGUACUACGGGGAUGCCAUAAAUGUUGAUCAUUUUAAUCGGCACGUUAACUCUUUGUCCUUUAAUGCCUUCGAUUACUAUAUUCUGCAUUUUGCCCUUCAUGCCCUGGUGCCGGUGCAUAAAAUGUGUCCAAUGGCCCAUCGAGUUCACACGGAAAAGUGGAAAACAGUUUACUUCCUCCUGGCAGCAGAUUAUCUCUGCACGUUUCUCCCAAAAGAUCCAAAUGAAAUAAUUCUGCCACAGAAUAUCGGUGGGAGCAUAAAAGUGGCGCAGUCAAUUCAAAUAAGUCCCAUAAAGCCGUCGCGUUCUCCAGUUUAUUUGCAACUCUCAGCCCUAACGCGCCACUCCCCGAAUCCGAUAACUUCCAAUCGCGGAAUGGAACCAUCGUGGACAGAAUCAGGAGGACGAUCUGAUCACUUCCACGCAUGGAGAACAGAGUCUGUCUUGUACCUCUUCAUUGAUUCGUGGUUGCGCUUCAAUGUGGACGACAACAGAGAUCUGCCAAGCAGUGAAUUUAUCCGUUUGAUACGUAUUCUCGUGAAGCAGGGGCACUUCUUUGCGAAUUCCGCCGACAUUGACAAUACAUCAAUGUCACAGCUACGAAAAUUAGCUCAAGCUAUGAUUCAAGCUCAGAUUUUCUCUUUCAUCUCCGGCAUAAUUUCCCGCUGGCCCCUAGAUUGCUCCUUUAUGGUUGUUCUCGAACUCUGGCUGAGCUACAUUCAACCAUGGCGCUAUGUGUUCGGCCGGGUAAUCACGGAGAACAGUGACUACAACGGGGAUCUCCUGAGAUUUGAAUCCUUCAUUCAGGAUAAUCUCUGUGAAUACACGCAAAUCUUCAUUCAGUUGCUCCCCCGCUUUGAAUGCCUCGACCUCACGUCGCUCAAGAAUGUUCUUAUGAUCUAUCGCCUUGUGAAGGUGUUCAGUCAACCAAAUCUCUUGGAUGUUCUUUCGCGCCUUGAGCGAUCCGUCGAAGCAAACUCCAAUGGGUUUAUGCAACUAAAAUAUCACACACCUUCGCAAUUCUUUCCACCCACAAAACCAUCCAAUGCAUUUCACGAAACAAACUACCAGUACAUGUUCCAUCCGACAGUUCGGGAGAAAAUUGAGAAUUUACUCCGGAAGAUCAAACAAGCCGAACUGAUUGCGCGAGAGAAUAAUCGUUCAAAUAGUAUCCAACUACCUGAAGAUACAUUUGCAAUGAUUUGGGAGAGAAUUGUGAGCUUCUUUGUGGACAACAAUGAUUGCUUGGAGAAUGUUACACAGCAGGAGCAACAGAAGAUUCCAGAUGUUCUGCAAAAUACUGCACAACUCAUGGCGAAUGCAUUUAAUUUGGAAAUUCCAGAGAUUUCCGCGGAAGAUGUGGAAAGUUAUCAACGCAUGAGUACCAGCAUAUCGGAUUCCACCAACGAUUCACACCAACUGUCUUUUUCGCCAAUGAAUAAUUCAAAAUCGAGAAUUUUCGACUAUCACGGUGAUCCGGAUCUUCUACCAAUUCGCAGCAAUGAAUGUACUCCACUCGUGAGAUUUCUCUAUCAAGUGUCCUGCAAACUGAACCUGAUGUUUGGCGCAGAUUUCCAGAGGAUUUGGCAACGCAGUGAUAUCUGGGGUGUCCUGCUGCGACCUCUACUUACCCCACCAAUGAUGACGGAAUACAUUGAUAAAUCCGCAGACAGGGCGGUCUUUCGUGAAAAGUAUUUGGGUCCCCGUGUCAGCCUUAGACCUCUGGCGUCCUACAAGACAUUUUUCUUCGUUGGCACAGCCAUGAUACUCGGUCAGUUUUGUUUUAAUUCAUUUUUCAUUGGCAUAGUAAUUCUUCUGUUCCUUUGGCUGUCCCUUUCCUAUUUGAAAUCAUUUGUAAAUUAUUUCCAAAAGAAAUAAUUAUAUUAAAACUUUAAAUUCAACUUCUUAACAAA